CGUCGUUAGGACCCGUAUUUCCGCUGUUUCUGGUAGCAGCAUCGUCAGACUACUGUUAGCUGUUAUCAGCUGCUGUUAGCUGGUAUUUCAGAGUUGUUCUAACCUUCCUCAGAGUCACUCCGAGUCUUUUUCUCCGGAAUCGGAUUGAAAUGUUUCUUCUCUCCGUCCGGAGCUGCGAGCUAACAGCUAGCUCCACCCUGUAGCUAGCUGCUAGCUGUUAGCCGCUAGCUGCUAGCUCCUGCAGAGGAGUUCUCCUAUGCCCGGCUAGCGGAGCCUGCUAACUGUGCUAACUGCUAGCUGUGGCGUUCGUGAAUCUGCUUGUUUGUUUGGAUGAAAACACCGAGGAGGAGCGGUUAACGGGGCCAUGGACACACACCUGCGGAGGCUGUAACAGUUUCAGGUGUGACGGUUCUCAGUCCGCCAUCAUCUGAUCCCAGCUCAGAGCUCCGCCUUCCUUCUGGCACCGCCGCUGGCCGCCAUGCUGACCUAGAAUCAGCCACAGUGGUGAGUUUGUGUGAGCAGAACCAGACGCCGAGACCAUGUCAGAGAACCAGGCCAACAACAACAACGUCCCUCUGAACAACAACAACAACAACAACAUGGGACCCAACAGGAUCCGAAACCCCAACAUCAACCAGAACCCGCUCAUCAACGUCCGGGACCGCCUCUUCCACGCCCUCUUCUUCAAGAUGGCCGUGACCUACGCCCGGCUCUUCCCCCCGUCCUUCAGGAGGGUCUUCGAGUUCUUCGUCUUGCUCAAGGCGCUCUUCGUCCUCUUCAUCCUCGCCUACAUCCACAUCGCCUUCUCCCGCUCGCCCAUCAACUGCCUGGAGGGGGUGAGGGAACGCUGGCCUCGUGACGGCAUCCUGCGAGUCGAGAUCCAGAGGAACUCCAGUCGCGCCGCCGUCUUCCUGCAGCACUACGACUCACCUGCCCUGCAGGACGACCUGGAGGCGGAGCCUGGGGGCGUAGCUCCGGUGCCCGGGCUCAGUCUGGCGGCGCUGCAGGACGAAGAUGAGGACGAGGAGGAGAUGACUCUGGACAUGUUUGACAACAGCUCAGUACAGUUUGAGCUGGACAUUGAGCCCCGCCUGAAGCCAUCUCUGAUUGGAGGAGGUGUUGGAGGAGGAGGAGCAGGAGGAGUGAAUGACAGCCAGGACGUCUCCUUCAGCCAGACCACUAAAGGUAUGCAGCCACUGAAGGACUCAGUGUCUGAGCUGGAGAUGAUGGCGAGAGCAGUGUGGCCUCAGGAGGAGUACAUCGUGGAGUAUUCUCUUGAGUAUGGCUUCCUGCGUCUAUCUCAGAGCACCAGGCAGAGACUCAACAUCCCCGUCAUGGUCGUCACUCUGGAUCCGAUGAAGGACGAGUGUUUCGGCGACGGCUUCAGUCGUUUUCUGCUCGAUGAGUUUCUGGGCUACGACGACAUCCUGAUGUCCAGCGUGAAGGCGCUCGCUGAGAACGAGGAGAACAAAGGGUUCCUGAGGAACGUGGUGUCUGGAGAACAUUAUCGCUUUGUCAGCAUGUGGAUGGCCAGAACCUCGUACCUGGCCGCCUUUGUCAUCAUGGUCAUAUUUACUCUGUCAGUGUCCAUGCUGCUCAGAUACUCCCACCACCAGAUCUUCGUCUUCAUCGUCGAUCUUCUUCAGAUGCUGGAGAUGAACAUGACCAUCGCCUUCCCAGCAGCCCCUCUUCUCACCGUCAUCCUGGCCCUCGUAGGAAUGGAGGCCAUCAUGUCAGAGUUCUUCAACGACACGACGACGGCGUUCUACAUCAUCCUCAUUGUGUGGUUAGCCGACCAGUACGACGCCAUCUGCUGCCACACCAACACCAGCAAACGCCACUGGCUGAGGUUCUUCUAUCUGUACCACUUUGCCUUCUACGCCUAUCACUACCGCUUCAACGGCCAGUACAGCAGCCUGGCGCUGGUCACCUCCUGGCUCUUCAUCCAGCACUCCAUGAUCUACUUCUUCCACCACUACGAGCUCCCAGCCAUCCUGCAGCAGAUCCGGAUCCAGGAGAUGCUGCUGCAGAACCAGCAGGCCGGUCAGAACCAGACUGCUCUGCAGGACAACCUCAACAACAACAACAGUACUGCUGCUGCUGCUGCUGUAGGUCCAGGCCCCACCGGCGCUGCCCAGCCGGGCCCUCAGGCUGACUCGCAGCCGUCCUCCUCCCCGCCAGCUCCAGGAGCAGCAGGAGGAGCUGGGGAGGUGAGGGCGGAGCUGAACUGGGUCGCUCAGACCGCCGCCAUCAUCACCGAAGCUCUGUCCUCCUCCGUCGACUCCGGAGGAGGAGCAGCGACCGGAGGGCAGUCAUCACCUGGAGAGGAGAUCAGUGUGGUGGCAGAGUUCUGGAUGGGAGGAGCAACGGGAGGAGCAACGGGAGAAGAUCCAAAUGUUGUUUCAGUAGAAAUUAAACCUACUGCAGGAGGAGCUGAUCCUCCAAUCAGGUCCCUCCAUGUGGGCAGGGGAGGGCCCUCAGAGGUGGGGCCCUCAGAGGUGGGGCCCUCAGAGGCGGGGCCCUCAGAGGCGGGGCCCUCAGAGGCGGGGCCCUCAGAGGCGGGGCCCCAGACAGACUCACACCGUGCAGGUACAGACUGUAGAGCAGCAGAGCAGAAACCGUCCUGAGAGUCCAGGUGUGCUGCCGGUCAUCAUCUCACCUGUCAGUGCCUCAGUCUGUCAGCUGAUCAGACUGAUCUAUUAGCAAUCAGAAACAGGCCUCAACCUGCAGUUUUACAUGAAAUUUUAAACCAAUUGAUUGAUUAGUUCAGUGUUAACCAACCAUGAGAGGACCUCAGAGUUACGGGUUUGAGGAUUAACCGCUUCUAAUUUUCAGGCUUUGUGUUUUUGUUUGUGAUGAAUUUGUGCUUUGAGAGCGGAGAUCUGAAGAAGAUGACGUCUGACUUCAGUUCUUUCAAAAGUCCCACAGAUUCAGAACCACAAAUAUUUGGUGUUUUUGCUUCAAAAAUCCCCCCAAGUCUGAGUAUAAAUAUCACUGCUGAUUCUAUUUCUGUUGCUACUAAUUAAUUAUUCCGCUGGUUAUUUUCUCCAAUUAUCUGUUAUUUGUUUGGUUGUUGAAAACCCCAAAUUUCACAACUGAAACACAAAGACAAAGAAAGCAGCAAAGUCUCACAUUUAAAACCUAAAACCAGCAAAUGUUCGAUGCCUUUCCUUUAAAGUUUCUGAAAUGAUGUUUGGUUUUCUCUCAGUUCCAUCGCAGUUCUUUCAGUCUCUUUAUUUUAUCAGUUUAUUGAGAGAAUCUCAGUGUUCAAGUGUCUCGUUUUGUCCAAACUUCAGAUUAAUAAUAAUUUCUGAGUAAAAAUGUACCAAAGCUGCUGCUUUAUUUGAAACAUCAUUUAUAAUAUAAAUAUUACUGAAUGUAAAAAUAGCUGAGUCUGCGUUUAGUCUGUUCAGACAUCAUUAAAAUACUAAAAACGUUCUGCGGUUUAAACUCCUGGGAGCUGAUUUCAGAUAAAACCUUUAAAUUUGAUGUUCAAUGAUAAAUCACAGAGGAACAAUGAGGAAUGAUUUUUACCAUGUUCUGAUGUUUUACCGAUUUAAACGAUUGAUUGAUUGAUUAAUGAUGAACAGAAUGACCAGACGAAGCUGAAACAUACAGAAAAACGUCAGAAUUCUGCCUAAACAGGUUAAAGACAUGAUUAAAAUCUAAAACGUGAAACUCUCAGAUGUCUGUUGCAGAAAAACACCAGACUGACCCUUUAAACACUGAACCUGGAGUGAAAUCAGCUGAGAAACAUCAGUUAUUGAUCAGCUUUCGGCUCUGAUCCUGACAGACUGACGCACAAACUGAACUGUGUUGAGCUUUUUGUUUCCAUCUGUUUUAUUUUGAAGAGACUGAGGACAGGAACUUUGUUUGGGAGCAACGGUCGGACUGAUUGAUCGAGUUGAUCGAUAGGGUGAUCUGAUCGAUCAGGUGGAUCAGGACUUCUGUCAGAAUGAAUGCCUUAUCAAUAAUCCUCAGACUGUCAGCAGCUGAGCGAGCUGAUUGGUUGUGCAAUAUGGCGUGUCACAGCUCAGGCUCCGCCUCCCGCAGCGGCGACGCAUUGAACACAUAAACCGUUUGAAAACAUGAACGAUCGAUUGAUUGAAAACAAAUGAUCGAUUGAGAACAUGAACAGGUCCCUCACCUGGCGGCCUCUCACUUAGUAGCCCCUCACCUGGAGGUCCCUCACCUGGCGGCCUCUCACUUAGUAGCCCCUCACCUGGAGGUCCCUCACCUGGCGGCCUCUCACUUAGUAGCCUCUCACCUGGAGGUCCCUCACCUGGCGGCCUCUCACUUAGUAGCCCCUCACCUGGAGGUCCCUCACCUGGCGGCCCUUCACCUGUUGGCCAUUCACCUUUCAGCCCCUCACCUAUCAGCCCCUCACCUGGAGGCCCUUCACCUGGCAGCCCCUCAUCAAACUGAAUUCUGAUCAAUAAUGAUCAGCUGAUAUGUGAUCAAUAACCUGAUGCUCACUAAUCAUUAACUCUCAGUAAUUGAUUGCAGCACUGAAACCCCCGAUCGAUUAAUUGGCUGAUUGACAGAAAACUAAUCUGCAGUUACUGAUGACUGAUUGUUUUAGUGAUUUUUCUGGUUAACCUUCUCAAUCUUCCUCCGAUCGAUCAUCAAUAAACAAUCGAUUGAUCAGUCAAGUCGAUCAGCUGCAGCUCCAUCAGAACGGACGUGAAUCGCUGUUAUUGAUCGCUGCAGUGAGCGGCGUACGCCUCGCUUCUCUCUGGUGUUUUAAAGGCGGCGGAACCUGAGUGUGACCAAUCAGAGAUGGACUGAACCAAACUAAAGGACUGGGGGGGGUCGGGUUUUUUCUGGGGUGUUUCUUCUUCGUGCCUCACUGCUGGAUGACUGUAGCCUCAUUAGUUGAUCUGAAACUCAUCAAACUGUAUUUAACUGUCCAGUAAAACCAGUAAAACCAGUGCCCACCAACAUGUCUGCACACACUGGC